AAAAAACCUGAGUCGCGGGAAAUAUAACCACGUUAUAACGUAUAUCCUCACCCUGCUAUUUCGUAGACAUAACUCAGGCUCAUAGGUGAAAAAUUAUAAUCCUGGUGUCAAUGGAGUUGAAGAUUGAACGAUCAAUUCUUGGUUGUUUGCUCAAAAUCAACUUCCUCGAUUUUCGCGGAGGCAUCAAUACGACAGUCAUCGUCUCAUCGGUCGCUGUUCAGAAAGAAGAGUUAAAUAUCGUCAGAAACCUUAGUUUUCUUAGUUUGCUUAGUGAUACUUGAUCUAUAUGCUGGUGUAACAAUACAUAAUACUCAAGUCAACAAUUGGUGUUUUGGUUUUUUCGUCCGUUAUAACUAAGCGUUUCUGAAAACUCAAAGGAACAGCGUGGGCCCGAGCGUAGCGAGAGCUGGGCAUUACCGGUUUAUGAGACGGUAGCUGACAGUUUCUGACGAUAGAAACAGAUCUGGCGGAUUGAAACAGUUGGUGAAAGUUUGUAUAGUCGCCGUUCAGUUUUCCUGGUGCCGGUCAAGUCCUCUUUGAACAAGCAAUAUCUGGAACUUUUUUGGAAUUGGGUCAAGUUCAACAAUGCCUGGGUCAAAGAAGGGACAGAGUGUCUUGGAUGCAAACAGGAAAGUAAGUCAUGGUGACUUGUCUGUUAAUUGUAACGAUGUGUCUGAUGUUAAACAUGAUAUGGUUGAUGGUACUGUUUCGCCGUCCAGGGAUAAUAGGAACAUCAAACUCCCCAGGUUUGAACCACGAUGUUUUGAUGGAAACCCGGCUGAUUAUUUACAAUUUGUAAAGGAGUUUGAGAUCAUGUUGAGUGGUUUUUUAUUAAAUGAUGAAUUGAAAUUGAUGUAUUUGAUGAGAUAUUGCACUGGAGAUGCUGCAAGAGCUAUACAGUGUUGUAAGUUUAUGAAGCCAAAAGAGGGCUACGAUGAGGCUAUGAGCAUAUUACGCCAAAGGUUUGGAAGACCCUCGAUGAUUGCAGGGAAAUUAUUCGAGGCUGUUAAGGGUAAUGGUGGUCAAUUACAGGAUGACUCCCAGGCACUCACUGAGUUUUUAGAUAAUUUGCUAAUUUACAAGAAUGGUAUGAUUUCGAUGAAUCGAAUGAGUGAUCUCAACUCGAGUUUUAUACUAGAAGUAAUUGCGAGACGCCUACCUACUCGACUGCAAAGGAAGUGGGUGAAGAUAAGCUCCCGUAUGGAGGAUGAGGGUAUCGAGCCAAAGUUUGAUGAUAUCCUGAAACUGGUAAAUACUAGUGUCAAUCAAUCUAUGAGCAAGUUCGCCAGUCUGUUAGAUCUCACCCCUAGAAUAGAGCAGUCUGAGGGUAAAACGCACUCAUUGAUGACGAGUAGGCCUCAGAGAGGUGGAUAUCGAGAAAGCUCCAUGAUGUCUAGUAAUGCAUAUAGACCUAGUGAGUGUAACAGGUUUCGUAAUACAUCCUCAACAGAUAAGUUACAAGAUGCAAGACAAACACGGUUUUGUUUCACACGUGUGCAAGAGGUGCAUACAGAAGUGAACUGUGAACCAGUGAGCAAGUUCAGUGAUAAGCUAAGUGUAAACUCCAGGCCUUACUCCGAAUUGUGUGACGAUAACGUUGUUGUGAAGAAGUCUGUAGUUGCAACUGGUAAGCCGUUGCUGAAUAGAGUGUCACAGAAUAGAGUUACUGCUUCAGAGUGGAGUUCUGACUCCAAAAGUUUACAAAGUAUAACUAGUCAGAGUGAAGAUGUAAAACCUUUAAUGAUUUGUGAGGAGGAACCAAAAUUGUCUACUUCUGUUAUUAAAGAGUUUGAAAAUGAUGAACUUGACGGUAAAUUGGAUAUAUGUGAUAAUGAUCAUGAUAGUGCAGAUUUGUCUUUGGUUGAUCAUUAUGAGAUGCGGGAUAUGCCUACUACUGCUAAGUUAAAUAAAGGUUCUGUACAACUACAACGUGAAGUAGAAUUGAAUGCAGAUGCAGUUCCAGAAGGUGUGCAUACUUGUGAGACAGUCAGUGUAAUUGAUCAGCGUGUAGCCCACCUAUCAUCAGAUGAUAGUGCUAAACCCGAACUAGUAGUGAAAGACAGCAGUGGUGGUAAUCUUGCAGUUGGACAACUAUCUGAAAGCCGAAAAAGAACAGCUUCUGAUCCACCACUAAGUUCAUCACCUUGUGUCAAUCAGUCAUCGUUGGUGCUGUCAUCCGCAGUGAGACAGACACCCAUCAACUCAAGUAUCUUGUGCAAUGACUAUGGUAGUAUCAGUUCGUUUGAAAGGACGAAUAUCAAUGGUCAGUUUAGUGUGGAUAAGCCAAGUGUAAAGGAGAGAGUUAUUGUUAAAUUGACCUGCACGAAUAAAGGCAUUUCUAGUUUCAAGUUACUAUUUGAAUGUUAUUAUCUUUGGUGUAAAUUACUCUGUUUCUAUACUUGGUUGAUGAGAUAUGGCGUGUGUAUGUUGGUCAUGUAUAUUCUACGAUACAAUGACAUGAGCGGGUUACCGUUCAGAUUUGAGGAUAUAGCUGAUAGAAGGAAGUUAGCAAAUGAACUCUGCGACGAUUUUCCAACCUAGGGCGUCAACCUGAGAAGGGUUGUAGGCGUACUGCUGUAAGUCCUACAGUUCUUCAAGGGUAGUUUGUCGUGUCGGAAUCCACAACAUUUGAUGUAGUCAUUGUACAUAUGUUUGUGUUAAAUAGUUGCGAGUUCCAAUUAUUGUAAUUGUUGGUUAAUCUUGUUUGUGUCCGGACAUUCCACAACUUACAAUCGUCAACCUGUGAAGGGUUGCAGGCGUACUGGUGUAAGUCCUGCAAUUCUUCAAAGGAAUUCAAUCAAGACAUGAUCGGCGAGGUUGUUUGUACUGUUUGUAUAUAUGUGUGGUGUGUUCUAUCAAUUGGUGUUUUUUGGAUUCAUUGUGUUUACUUGUUGUUUUCGUAUCUUGUUGUUAUUGCGUAAUUUUGUAAAAUUUUCGUCGUGAUUACUUCUGAAGUUGUUUCUAGUCUUCUACGUCCAUGAAUGAAUUGAUUGAUGUUAGAGACAGCAGAUUGGUCGUAUACGCCGGGGAGGCUAGGCUAUUGCUGAGAAUGAAAUGCACACGGAGAUAAUUGUUAGCUGCGAUCCCACACGCCGGGGAGAAAGAGUGUAAACGACUGAGGCUCGCAUGCGUCACCGCUACUAGAACUGAGGCAGAAUGAGUGACAAGCGACUGCAGUAGUAAUUGGUAGUGAGUAGAUAAGACGAUGUGCGUAGAGUAUCAUGAGGUGCUGCUAUGGUCACGUUGCAUUCUGCAAGAGUCAUUCUAGCAAGUGGCGAUUGUGUUGCAAGAUGUCAAGAGGAGGUCUCUGUCUGGAGGCGCAGGUUGUUAUUGAUGUGUGAGAUUGUGCUGUGGGUAUGCUUGUGGUGUGUUGGCUUUUCUGUUUGUUUUCCAUUUCAGCUCUGUCCGUGUGACCCAGGUUCUCGCAAUGGCACCCAAGUCAACGUGCAUUGGUCGUGAAGGAAAAAAGGGUUGGAUCCCUUUUUUGCCGGGGAGUGUCAAUGGAGUUGAAGAUUGAACGAUCAAUUCUUGGUUGUUUGCUCAAAAUCAACUUCCUCGAUUUUCGCGGAGGCAUCAAUACGACAGUCAUCGUCUCAUCGGUCGCUGUUCAGAAAGAAGAGUUAAAUAUCGUCAGAAGUAACAUAACGAUUUAUUAUUGUAAUAUUUGUUUACAGACCUUAGUUUUCUUAGUUUGCUUAGUGAUACUUGAUCUAUAUGCUGGUGUAACAAUACAUAAUACUCAAGUCAACAAUUGGUGUUUUGGUUUUUUCGUCCGUUAUAACUAAGCGUUUCUGAAAACUCAAAGGAACAGCGUGGGCCCGAGCGUAGCGAGAGCUGGGCAUUACCGGUUUAUGAGACGGUAGCUGACACCUGGAAUAAGGACAAGUUGUUCAGAAGGUUGUCAGUCUCCGUAGACAUUCUACCAGAUGUCGUCAUGCAUAGUGUCUGCAAGCAGUCUUUCAAUACAUCUACCUCCCGCAAAGUUAUUGUUACGAUGCCUUUAAAUCAUUUACAUUUGGCCGUAAUACAAUUAGUGUGCUAAUAUUACUGAUGCAAUGACAUGCAAGACUUGUACAUGUUACUGUGAAGCUAGUUUGUAAUAACAUUCCCUCCAUAGUAAAUAGAAUGCUUGUGAUAAC